CGCACCACUUUUGGGCUUUGACAACUUUCAGUGAAUCAGAACAGUUCGUCACCGUGAGCAUGUAUCUAUCAGGGUAUCCCAGCAUGUCCGUGUCCUCUAUGACAGGCCCCAGGCGGGCUAUGAGCGUCCACGGCGGCGCAGGUCGUCAAAACGUCCGGGUGUCCUACGCCUCCAACAGCCUCGGCGCUUCCUUUGACUUGGAGCAAGCCCUCAGUGGCUCCGGAGGCGCCGGUGGAAGUGUCUCCUUUUCAGGCAGCGAGAAAGCGACCAUGCAGAACCUCAAUGACCGCCUGGCCACCUACUUGCAAAAAGUGCGCUCUCUAGAGUCCGCCAAUACGCUGCUGGAGCGUCAAAUCCGCGAGUGGUACGACAAGCAGACCCCCACCGUCAGGGACUACAGCAAGUAUGAGGCAAUCAUCAACGACCUGCGCAAAAAGAUCAGUGCUGCCACACAGGACAAUGCCAGGCUGAUGCUGCAGAUUGACAAUGCCAGACUGGCACAGGAGGAUUUCAGAAUCAAGUUUGAGAAUGAAAUGGCGGUACGCAUGUCAGUGGAGGCGGACAUUGCCGGACUGCGCAAGGUUCUGGAUGACCUGACCAUGGCCCGGUCUGACAUGGAGAUGCAGGUGGAGGGCCUGAAGGAAGAGCUGGUCUACCUGAAGAAGAACCACGCAGAGGAAAUGGCAGCUAUGCGUUCCCAUGUUAAUGCCAGCUCUGUGAACGUGGCGAUGGACGCCAGUCCUAAGGAGACCCUGACCAGCACCCUGGAACAGAUCAGAUCUCAGUACGAGGGCAUCACUGAGAAGAACCGCCGUGAAAUGGAGGUCUGGUACAAGGGCAAGUUCGACGAACUGAACAGUCAGGUGGCGACCAGCACAGAGACCCUCCAGACCUCCCGAAGUGAGAUCAACGAUCUCAAGAGGACCCUGCAGUCCCUGCAGAUUGAGCUGCAGUCCCAGCACAGCCUGAAAUCUGCCUUGGAGGGCCAGCUGGCGGAGACGGAGUCCCGCUACAGCCUGAAGCUGAACCAGCUCCAGGCCAUGGUCAACUCCAUGGAGGAGGAGCUCAGACAGAUGAGGCAGGACAUCGAGAGGCAGCGCAACGACUACCAGGUGCUGCUCGACAUCAAGACCCGGCUGGAGAUGGAGAUCGCCGAGUACAGGAGACUGCUAGAUGGAGAGGACUCAAGUAAAUCUGUUACCACUGUACAAAAGACUGUGGUCAAAGAAGUCAAAGAAGUGGUCAAAGAAGUCAAACCCGUCAAAACCCAGCGGAGGAAGGUGGUGAUCGAGGAGAUCGUUGAUGGAAAAGUGGUGUCCCGCACCGUGGGAGAGGACACAGAGAUCAUCAAGAACUAGACGCACUGGAUCCCAACACAUCUGGGUGAAAUGAUAAGUGAGCUUUAACAUGCUCUCCUGUACGUGCUUUUGUUUCUGACACCCAUUCUGAAGUCUGCCAAACAAACAUGAAAAAUUCUGAUUAUUUCACCCAGGUCUGAAAUCCAUCUAAUUUAUUUGUAGUUGAUAUUUGGAUUCAUUGUCAGAAAAUAUUUAAAAUAAGCAGAACCAUUCAAAUGUUUUUAAAUUUGUAAGAAUAACUGUGUAAACGUAGGAAAGAGCCAGAUUAUAUACAGUGCCUGAAUUACUUCUUUUUUUAGUUUUAUAUCACCCCAAAACAGACUGUCCUCUAACAUGCCUCCUGCAAUACCAAAUGUACACAUUAGGUGGCACUGUGAGACCCAAAAAGGUAUUGCACUUUUGCAAAAUUGAGAAGAAAGAUACUAUCCCCUAUCUAAUUUGGAUCUUUUUUAUUUUAGGGGGAAGUGUCAUUGUGAAAAGUAAUAGAACAUAUUUGUGCAUUUUAUGUUAUGUGAAAUAUUGUUGUCAAAUUAAAUGUUAUCCAAGUACAAUGACAGUAAAGAAAUUAGACCAUUGUCAAGAUGAUUACCACGUGUCUGUGAUGUGAAGUAAAUUUAGACCACACUUCCCAUAGGCCUUGUGUGAAAGGGAUUUUUGCAUCUUUGAGUUGUUUUUCUGAAGAUAAUAAACAUCUGCCUUCCACUUGUU